AUGACUGGCUUGCUUAUUCCUCCGUGGUAUAAGGACGAGGUCCCCGGGACGACCGAGAUGAACAUCGCUAGUAUCAUCUUUGGCUUCAGCUUGGGUUCAGCUGUUUUCACUGCCUUCAAAGCCGCGGGACAGACCCAUAUUGCAUACAAGAGGGGAAGACAAUUCAGCGCGUAUAUUAUCAUGUGCUGGUUUGAAUGGAUUGGAUGUAACCGCAUGGGUAUCGUCACCUAUAUCUGGCUCAAAGGCAUCGUCGAACAAAGCUUCUGGGUCUUUUUCUUCAUCAUUGUCUUCUGGAGCAUGCAGAUUCAGUUCAUCUUGCAGAUUGUCAUCAACCAGAUAUCGCUUUUAUUAGUUAACAAGUCGAGAAUUAACAAAAUCAAAUGGGGAUUCGCCUUGAUCGUUCUUAAUGGGAACUCGUAUAACUUUGUCAUCUUUGGCACACCUUUGGCUAACGAGCCAUGGGGCUGGCAACUCUUCGGUCAUCAUCUCUGCAUGAACUGCUUCGUUGUUGGAAAGCAGAUGGUGAUAUCACCCGUGUUCAUGGGAGCAGAGCCAAAUUUCAUCGACGCGGGACCUAACAAAGGCGUCGAGCUCUUCAUUGAUCAGGAACAGACGGCACUCCGUCUAACGCAGUCACUGGACCCGACUAUUGAAAAGGCCGUGCAAAUCUACUCGAAACUCAACGGCCCGGAAUUUCCAACCUGGCGGCAUCACCGAGCCGACCAGAGACACUUAGGCGGCGCUUUUCAGGAUAACCGAGUGGUUACGUAUGAAGGCGUGAAGGUGACAACUCUCUUCGGAUCUCAACAGAGCGUAAUUCACAAGAUAAUCGCCCUGAACCUCAACUAUCUGCCGGAGAAGGGAUUGGCGGUCCGGAUGCAAGAUAUUUCUGCGCACUGGGAUGAGACAUGGUUUUGCUGGAUCGGCGGGUUUAGAGAUAGAGACGCUUUUUACUAUAAGGUGCACUCUCCUGUCGUUAUGGUCGAGUUCGACUAUCAUUCAGGCGUCUUCCUAAAUAACAAAGAGCCCCUACCAUUCCAGAUACACACCCUGGUCAGGACUCCCAACGGCAAUGAUUAUGGCAAGGAACUGCUGCAACAGUACAGGCAGCGCAAAGGCAACAUGCCCCCCUAG